AUGCAGCGGCAUCCAGAUCUCGCAACCUGGCUGAUCUUGCUGCUGCUGGCUCCGAUCCGCAGCUUGUGCUUGGUCAUCAACAGCGACCGCUGGCAGCCGUAUCCGCAUCGGCCGGGAAAUGGACAGCGGCCUUUGGGACAGCAUCGUUUAGCUUUUCCUCGCCGGCCAGGCCACCAUCCAACUGGCUUCAUUGCUCUUGGAGACUCUUACUCGGCUGGCAUAGGCACAGGCCUAUUCAACGGGACCGAGGACAACUGUCGCCGUGGCUACCACGCCUACCCGGUGCUGGUGCAAGGCGACCUCAACCGCAGCCAUGUUGGCGGCGAUGGGCCAACCUUUGAGUUCCUCUCGUGCACAGGUUCCACAAUCAAUGACAUGCUUGCCGGCGCGGAGCAUAGCCAGAUUGAUGCGUUCAACACCACCUCGACUGCUGAUUUUGCGCUCCUGUCCAUCGGCGGCAACGAUUUGGGCUUCUUCGAAAUCAUGAACAGCUGCAUAUUUCGCUUCUAUAGCUUCUACUCCGGCACCUGCGAGUCCGCCCUCCAGCGAGCCGACAAACAGAUGGCUGGUCCCCAAUUCGAAGACCGUCUUCGGCUCGUCAUCAUGGAGAUUCUCGACCGCGUUCGAUGGGAGAAGAGGCCGUGGUUCACCGUUACCGUUACUGGAUACGCCCGCUUCUUCAACGCCGACACGGACGACUGUGAUGACUACUCCUUGGGCAUGUGGUGGCGAGGCCCGAGGCUAAAACGCGAGCUUCGACAGCGCAUGAAUGACAUGGUUCUCGCUGUCAACGCCAAGAUUCGGCAAUCUGUUGACGCCAUAAACGCAGCCUUUGCGGAGCCCAAGGUCCUCUUUGUGGAUUACGAUGAUGCCUUUGAAGGGCAUCGCUUUUGUGAACCGAAUGUUGUUGAGCCAGACUAUGCGAGAAAUGAGACUUGGUUCUUUCUUGUUGGUGGUCUGGACAAUGCCCCCCCUCAAAUGGGGGAGCUUGUGCCUGGAGUAAUGGAUGCCAUUCUCCCUGCUGAUUCUCCGCUGGUUGAUCCGCGUAAUUGUCUUGGCCCGGCACAAGAGUCUGGAGACUGGGGAGAGAUGGCAUUGUGCAUGAUGGCCAUGGCUGCCGAUAAAGACCCAAUGUUGCGAAUGGCGGAUGGAGAGCUUGCAGCACAAAACUCCAUGUGGUAUGUGCCCACAUAUUAUGGCAAGACGUUUCAUCCGGUGUAUCAAACCAUCAAAGUGGCAUCCAAGAAAGACUCCAAAAAUGGAACCAUAAAGCUGAAGAAGUCGGCGCCAAAGCACAACAAGCCGGGAAAUUGGAUGGACGGCAGCAUAGUUGAGGAAGAUAAAAAGAAAGGCAGUAAUCCCCCACCAUCGACCGCAGUAUCCCCUGGUCCAGUUGUCAACCAGCUAGAAGACUCGGCACGCGAGACGUUUGCAACCGGACGACCCCUGGAAGACCCCCCUGAGCUGCAACAAUGCAAACACUGCAAGAAGAGCAUUCUGAAGACGGCCGCAAAGGCACACGUUGCGGCGUGCCUCAAGGUGAAGAAGGAGAAGGCGCAGCGGAAGAAGGAGGCCCGCGAGGCUCGAGAGCGAGCCAAGGAGGCAGCGCGGGAGGAAGAAGCCAAGAAGAAUGACGACGACGACGCCAAAGAUGAAGAUAGCGACGAAGACGACAAAAAGGCCGGGAAAAAGGCCGCGAGCAAAAAGCCAGGCGACGACAAGGUCAGCAAGAAGCGUAAAGCUGAUACUGAGGCGGACAAAGCGCCCAAGGCAAAGAAGAAGAAGGAUGAGCCAAAGGCCAAGCUUCCAAAACCAAAGGGGCCUGUUGAUGUGGAGCGACAAUGUGGUGUCAUCCUGCCCAACGGACAGCCUUGUGCCCGUUCAUUGACUUGUAAAAGCCAUUCAAUGGGAGCAAAGCGUGCCGUCGCAGGUAGAUCUCUACCUUAUGACAUGCUUCUGGCCGCGUAUCAGAAGAAGAACCAAGCUAAACAGCAGAAAGCCGCAUUGGAUGCAAAUGCACCUCUUGAAGAUGACGAUGAUGCCAACAAUGGCCCGGUAGACUCUGAUGAGGAAACCGGCGCCGUAAUGAGCGCUUUGGCCCACUGGAACCCCCAACCCCUGAUCCCACAGCCCGUCUUCACCCCCAUUAGGCGUCAAUAUCAGCUAGCAAGGCUUCACGAGCAGCUGCAAAUGGCCACCAACGGAGGCCGCACAAACAUUUUCAAGGUUACGGGCUUUGGCGCACAGAGAAUGCCUGGGAGCCAAUCUGCCUUGUUGGAGAAUGAAGACGCUCCUGGAGAAGACCUAGAAACCAUCUCUAUCCCGGGAUCAGCACGACAGGCCAGUUUUGGUAUGCCUGCGCCACCACAGAGGCAGGCCUCGGUGGCAAGUCGGGGAUAG